AUGGCGGAAAGGAAGACAUUUACAAACGAAUUAAUUCUUACGGCUUUAGCAACUGGCUCAGGUUUAAUUUCAUUCGGUUGGAAUACAGGCUGUCUAAAUAACGCUCAAGAGUCCAUUAAAAAUUGGAUAGUUCAAUCGUAUCAAUAUCGAUCAGGACAUACGCUUUCACACAAUGUAUUGACACUUCUUUGGAGCACAACUGUAGCGAUUUUCGCUAUCGGAGGAGCAAUCGGAGCAUUUACAGCAAGUAGUGUUAGCCGUCGGUAUGGCCGACGAGGAGGUCUUCUUCGAGCAAAUCUAUUUGGUAUCAUUGCUGCAAUUUGCAUGUCCGUGGCAAAAUUCGCUCAUUCGCCUGAAUUACUUAUCAUUGGUCGACUAGUCAUCGGAAUCGAAUGUGGUCUAUAUACUGGUCUGUGCACGAUGUAUCUGAGUGAAGUGAGUCCGAAACGCGUUCGCGGAAUGAUUGGAUCGUUGACUGGCCUUUCGGCUUAUACGGGUUUGAUGGCAGCAGAAAUCAUUUCUACGCCCAUCAUGCUCGGAACAGAUUCACGUUGGCCAUUGAUCAUGGUUAUUGCUGGUGUUCCGAGUGUAACACAAUUUAUUCUACUUCAGUUUUGUUACGAAAGUCCACGCUAUUUAUUGAUGAAUCGCGGAGAUGAACAAGGUGCCCGACAAGCAUUGAGUGCACUACGAAAGCGAUUCGAUAUCGAAGAUGAAAUCAACGAAAUGAAACAAGAAGCCGAACAUUUACGAGAUGAAGGUCAUGUGUCAAUCCGAGAACUAUUCACUCAAUCAGUCUUUCGGUUACCACUUGCUGUGGCGAUUGUUGUUCACUUUUCAAUGCGUUUCUGUGGUAUAAAUGCCAUUAUGUACUAUUCAACUGCAUUGUUUAAACACGCAAAUCUUGGUUCAGUUGGUCCCUAUGCUACAAUCGGUGUAGGUGUCAUACUCGUUCUAAUUACUUUAAUAUCUGGCUCAUUGAUGGACCGAGCUGGUCGACGAACGUUGCAUCUCUUUGGUCUGUUUGGCACCUGGCUGUGUAGUUUACUAUUGACAAUUACAUUCGUUUUCACAACCUAUGCUCCGUGGCUGAAAUUUCUGUCCAUUGCGUUUGUCUAUAUGUUCGUUGUCUUCUUUGCUAUUGGACCCGGCACCGUACCUUGGGUUGUCCUUCCUGAAAUAUUCGCUCAAGGUGCCCGCCCGGCAGCCACAAGUGUAGCAGUGGUCACUAAUUGGAUGUCAAAUUUUGCCGUAGGACUCCUAUUUCCACUCUUGGCAGAAAACAACAAAGUAUCAGAUUAUUCAUUCAUUCCAUUUGCUGUGCUCACGACUUUAGCCUUCUUAUUUCUUUAUCGGUAUAUGCCUGAAACCAAGAAACGUACAUUCGAAGAAAUCACCAUGGCUUUUCGACCGAUAGAAGUUUCGACUCGGUGGCAAAGAUUUUCGUUCGUUUUGUUACGGAGAACAGAAAUCUACUUGGUUUUUUCCAAUACUUUUGCUGAGUAUCAUUCGUACAAUGAUUUUAAACGCAUUCUAUCAGCGCACGCUUGUAAACAUGUUAUAUGCAAUCUUGGCGUGGAUAAGUUACAAAGGUUCAACUCAUUUAAUCAAUUUUCCUGUAAUUUCUUCAAUGUCUUUCUUUAUUUACGGACAGGACAACAGGUUUCUUAUGUUGCUCCCACAACAAAACACAAAUUGAUCUUCGUCGGUAUGCUUUGCUUUCUUCCAAUUGGUCUUCUUGUUCGACAAAAUGUGCAACAUGGAAAAAUUCUACCAGCCAUGAUGGACAUCACCCAUAAUUCAACAAACAUACCGAGCCAAAAUGAUUAUUUCGUUGAACAAGAUGAGGUCAACAAUUUGAAAAUCAUUCCUGUUUCCGUAACAUGCCAACAGAUAUCCAUUGAGGUACAAUUCGACCUAAAUGACCUAUUCAUGAUGGACAUAGACUGCUUAGUGGAUCUACAAACGGAUUAUCUUCACCAAGCACAUUGGUUUCGCAAGACUAUUUCAAUGGUGACAUUCAAUUCGUUGCAACCGGCAACUAACUACAGUGUAUGUGUCGUUUGUCAAAAUUUUUAUCAAAGCUGUAAAAUGAUCCAAACUUUAAACGAACGUUCAUUUCCUAGUUGUCAAGCUGGUACCAAUUUAUCAUCGGAAAAUAAGUUUUCAAUAGGAACUGUUGCACUUAUUGUUGUGAUCAUUGUUGUGAUUUCUGUUGUGAGCCUAACAGCAAUUAUCGUCGUAGUCCGAAAGAGACACAAGGUGGAGACUGACCAUCGGCCAACCAAUUCAUAUCAAACUCCGAUAGAAAAGAAACAGCAGAACGCCAACAAUCGGUUUCUUCAUCAUCUUCUACGAGAAGUGGUCGCAGCGCCCAAGAAAUAUUCAGAUUGA